CGGCCCCACUGUGAACACCAACAAUCGAAUCGGCAUGUCUCGACCAGAACAUCAAGCACCGCCAGAAAUAUUUUACAAUGAUAACGAGGCGGAGAAGUACACCAAGUCCAGUCGGAUCCAAUCCAUCCAAUCAGAGAUGACCGAGCGAUGCUUGGAACUCUUGAAUCUGCCGUCCCAAUCCGACGAUCCUGGGGAUCAUGAUUACUCGGCCCUGCUCUUGGAUAUCGGCUGUGGAAGUGGACUGAGUGGCGAGAUCAUUUCCGAUCAUGGCCAUCAAUGGGUCGGCGUCGAUAUCAGUGGAAGUAUGCUCGAAAUCGCUUUAGAUAGGGAAGUUGAUGGCGAUCUGUGCUUGCAUGAUAUUGGGCAAGGAUUUGGCUUUCGACCAGGAAGCUUUGACGGGGCGAUCAGUGUAUCAGUAAUCCAAUGGUUAUGUAAUGCAGAUAAAUCCUCAAACUCACCCCCGAAACGACUCAAGGCGUUCUUUGAGACUUUGUUUGGUGCAUUGGUUCGAGGCGCAAGAGCGGUGUUUCAGUUCUAUCCUGAAUCUGAUGAUCAGGUUCGGUUCAUCAUGUCUUUUGCUAAUCGGGCUGGAUUCACCGGGGGAUUGGUUGUCGAUUACCCUAACAGUCAGAAAGCGAAAAAGUUUUAUCUGGUUCUGAUGACCGGGCCUUCGCCGCACUCAACAACAACCAACAAUGCCAACCAAUUACCUCGAGGACUAACGACUGAAGACCAGAAUAUGAGAGUCAAGUAUAGCAAGAAAUCAAAUCACAAGAAAAACAAGAGAUCUUCCACCAAAGGCGCGAUCGAUGAAUCUAAACAGGCAUGGAUUUAUAAGAAGAAAGAACUCUACAGGAAACGUGGGAAAGAAGAUGUUCCAAGAGACUCCAAAUUCACCGGACGGAAACGGAAAACUCAGUUCUGAUUCGCCCAUUCUAUAUCGAUCUCUUUUCUUUUUCUUUUCCUUCCCCUCUUCUAAUCUUCAAUCAUCAUCGUCUCGAGCUCAAUCUUACAUGCUUUUAACUCCUUCUUGGUUUCGUUUUUUUUUUUUUUUUUUGU